UUCCUCAGAGGGGAUUCACUGCUGUCAAAUUUCAUGUAUGUGUGCGUUAUCGCAGAUCAACUCUGGUCCAUGACGUUUGUUGAUCCAUGACGUUUGUAACUAUGAACAAUAAUGGGGGAAAAAUCACUACAUAACACAUUCAUGAAAGUUUUUCGCGGUUUUACGAGUUUUGAUUUAAAAACGUUCCGGUUUUAUAAUUUUUCACAUCGAUCAAUUUCAUUAACAAAAAGAACGAAAACCAAAACAAACGCCAUGUUGCCGAAUACGUUGGUUACACGAUGUUUGACAGAUAGAUUCCCCCUGGUUUUCCUGUAGAUUUUUAUUUUUAUUAUUUAAUUUAAAGUCAAUUAAACUUACAUCAAAUUUCUUUAUUGAAUGUAAGUUUACUCCUACAACAGUGAUGAUGGCUACCGCAUCAACGAGUGCCACCGUGCCAUCGGUAAAUAUAUCUAAUCAGGCGGCUCUGAAUGAGCUGAUCGAAAGCCUGCAAUGUGCACGUUGCAGAAAAUUUCCAACCAAUGCCCAUAUUUGUCCGAAUUGUUCGGAGAUGUUUUGUUAUAUGUGUAUAUACGUUUGGUUGAAUGCUGGAAACAAAUGUGCCAACUGCAAUGCCCAAAUCGCACAUGAAAAGCUGAUCAAAUUGCGCUGUUUAGAAAAUCAAGUGUGGAUGAGGCGAAUUAUGAUGAUUCAUCACAGUCAGCGAAUGGAACCACUGACUCGGAGGAUGGUUACUAUGAAGAGGAGUGGAUUGAAACCACCCCGGGUCGGAUUGAACCGGUAGCUAACCUUCCAAAGGCUGUGGAGGGUACGUUCACGUUACGAAACUACCACAGAUGUCGUGUGCCAUUGAUAUGCUCCGAGCGUGUCGUUGAUGAAAUGGGUUUCAGCUGGAGACUACGUGUUGCGCCGAAAGCACUGUACCAAAAUACACGCGUACUACAGGUGCUAGUAGAAUUGCUUUCUGGUGAAGAAGGUUUCUACGAAAUAAUGCUAGAACUACUAAACAUUGUGCCAAGAGCAUUUAUUUGCGAAACUUUCGUCGGACACAAAUAUUAUGUUGGACCAGGUAGUUUCUUACCUGUACGGGCAUUACCGAGAGGAAAUUUUGAUUUGAAGUUUCGAUAUACGAUUCGUCCUGCGGACUUUCAGGCUAAAGUAGACAUCCAGCAAAGUUUACUGGACAAACGCACGAAACGUUUGGAAGAAAGAGGGACAUUCCAGUCAUUUAAUUAUUGCAUUAACUUUGGUGAUCUACAUGAUGAGAAUUUAAAAAAAUACGACGAUUCGUUGGGAAAUGAGUGGUAUUUCGGUGUACAUAGGAUACACGCGAAUGCCGAGUUCCAGAUGUACAUGUACAUAGGAUUUCCCGGAAUUUACGAAGUCCAAUUAACGAUGCUCCAUCCAGUCGAAGAAUAUGAUAAAGAGUUACAAUGUGAAAGAGAGUUUCAGUAUAAUCAGAAAAACAUGUUCAAUUUUCAAAUACGAUGGGACCUACUGAAAGCACACGGCUUCACUCAUGGCUAUCAAGAUUGUGUGAAAAUUCGUGUUGCAGUCCGCCCCGUGCAAGUGGACCUACAGCAUAUAGAAGAUUUCGUAAAGCCCUCCAAGUAUGCUCAAUACACAGAAUACAGAGAAUACACAUCAUCAUCAUCAUCAUCGGACUAGCGUUCUCUACAAAGUUAUGCUUUCAAUUGCAAUUAUAAAUACAAAUUAUAAA